CACAUAUCGUUUACUUAUCCGUGGUUCAUCUCCGAGUGAUUGCCAUUUUGUCUGUUUGCAGUAGUGUUUAGUAAAUUAUGUAUGUUUAUCGGAAAGUUGAGCUUAUUUUUAUUUUUGUGAGCGGAAAAAGUUGGUGUGUACUUUAAAGUAUGGCAGGAUUUUAUGCGUUUCAAAUUGUGGUGCGUCAGAUGUGUAAACGUCUCAGAAAAAUGGCGUAAUGAUUACGUCUAGUGUCUUUGUGUUUAAUGUGUCUACCUUUCCGUCUGCUGUCAAACAGCUGGUUGGUGCUUAUAUAUAGGUUAUCAUCCUGGAUCUCUUACAAUCCCAUAAUACGCUUACGGUGUAAAUAUUAUUCACUUUAUCGACAUGAGUUCGAGGAACAUACCGACAGACAAGGUACGUGGUGCUGUCGGCCAGCGAGUGAAGCAAGCAAACAAGAUCAAUCUAAGGUUGAUACUGGUCAGCGGCAAGACAAAGGAGUUCCUGUUCAGCCCGAGCGACUCCGCGGGCGACAUAGCGCAGACUGUGUUCGACAACUGGCCGGAAGACUGGGCGGAAGAAGCAGUGGCACGCGCGGAGAUCUUGCGCCUCAUCUACCAAGGUCGCUUUCUUCACAGCAACGUGACCUUGGGUGCUCUGGGCCUCCCUUUUGGCAAGACCACCGUGAUGCACCUGGUGCCACGGGAGAACCUGCCUGAGCCCAACUCACAAGACCAGCGGCAGAAGAGCAAGGGCGGAGGUAGCAGCUGCUGCUCUGCGUCUUGCAGCAUACUGUAAUUCCAUGAUCGUCUUGGACGUCGUGAUAUUCUCCUCGGCAUCGAGCAGACCAGCACAACUCGUGUGCAUGAGUUAGUCCGCUGGUCCAUCCUUUUUUUUUCUAAAGAAAUAAAACUUUGUGUUUCUGUAUUCUACAUUUCACGUGUCUUUCCCUUUUAUUCUGUGGUCAGUUAAGUGAAGAACCUAGUUUGUUGAGGCCACUGCAUUGCGAGACUCGUCGGUCACUUGUUGCUGGUCCCGGACCACGGCCUGUCCCGGUUAAACCAUCAGUGUCAGUGAGUUGGCAGAUGAGAUGACUUCAAGAGAAGUGUUGUUAGACGAGCGCUGUCUCCCAGCUUCUCUGCUGGAGCAUACUGUGUACAAACAUUAUCGUAGACGGAAUGCUGACUUUUACAUCACAUUGUUGCACGUAUUAUACUUGGCCGAUUUAUUCUCUUAUUUUUCAUCCAGACACAUUAUAUAUUGCCCAAAAGAUGUAUGAUUUCUCCAGACUGUGUUCCUAAUUUUAUUUUCCAAUACUUUAAUUUAAAGCACUUAAUAAACCUGACUGGAAAUCAUGGUUGUAAAUGAAAGACUUAAACAUGAUUUUGUGAAAAUUAUCAGCAUUCCAGGUUAACCAAAUUCUUUUUGUUUAAAAAAGAAAAGUGUAAUGUAAUUAAUGUGAGAGUUUGAAAUUCUUAAAAAGUUCAAUUUUGGACUGGGUUGUACAGUGUAGUGAGUGCCAGAAUGUUAGCAUAGCCAAGAGUUUAUGAAAAUGUGGUUACGGUGGUAAUCAGAGAUGACUGUGCUAAUCCGUUUGUAAAUGUUAAGUAAACUCUGUAAUGCAGAUGUGAGGUUCACGAGGACAGUUGGGCCAUGAUGUAGCUCGUCAUGUGCCGUCCAGCUGGGAGCAGUCUGUACGCCUGUUUGACACGAGCACACCAGUGAACCCUGUGCUGUAGCUGGUGGGUCGAGGGACGUUGAGGGACGCCAGGCGAGUGUUCUGUCCGAGCACCUGCCACAUGCUUGAUUGUGUAGUUGGCUCUAUAGUGUCUCAUGUGGUUAGCAUUAUAUCAAAAAGUCUUAGUGCUUACUUUUUAUUGAUUUUUUUAAGGUGAAUCAUCUCUGGUUUCCUCCAAAUCAAUUAUAAAAUUCAUAAUAUAUUUCGUUAAGGGGUGUCUGUUGUUUAAAGAUUCUGAGGCCUAGUGAUAAAAAACAGCUUACUGAAACUGUACAAGAUUUUAUUAAUGAUGUGACUUGUGAACAAUACAAAGUAAUAUUGUAGUUGUCCAUUUUUGUACAUGCAAGUCUUAAUGAAUGUAAAUGAUAACUGAGACACGAGUAUGAUAUGAAUUGUUUUUGACUUGCGAGUGACUCAAGGCAUAGAGUGUGGUGUUUGUUGGUGGUUACGGACUGCUACCGGGUAUGUCGCUAGGCAGAGAUAUCUAGUUGAAUUUUCAUCAGUGUUGAAAAUGUGUCCGUCGUAAUUAACGCAACUAAGAAGAAUGUUAAAUGGAAUGUUGGGACAUUAUUAAAAAUACAGUUCAUAUAAUAGAAUAUACGUAGAUAAUAUAUAAAAUUUUAUUAUUGGUUAUGAUUGUACUUCUGAUUCUUGUGAUUUUUUUUUCUGAUGACAAAUUGUUUUUUAUGAAAUGAUUUAACUUUUCACCUUAAAGAAAAUUUUUCCCACUUAGUUUGUUCCUAGUGCAUGUACCAUGAUGUGUAUCCUAAUGUGUUAAUAGCAACUACUUGUACAUAAUUCAUUGUUACUUUUAUUUUACUAUCAUUAAAUUUUAUGCUUUCACAAGUUAA